ACAGCGGCGGCAUCGGCGGCACCGGCUCGCAGAAAGCGGCGCACGGAUUAAACCUGAGCGUCAGCCCGGGCAGAGGGGAGCUGGCUGUACUUCCAGCUGGAGGAUAAACACAGAGAUUCCCUCACCGCGGAGGAAGAGAUAUGGACUACCGAUAACUGGAACAGCAGAGGGAAGACGGAGGGGAGAGGCAGGAAGGCGGUCGGUCGGUCGUUCAGCACUGGGGUACAGGGGGUGCUGGGACACCGAGAGAGGAAAACGAGUCGUUAUAAGAAGAGACGCGCAAACGGCGGCCGCUCCGCCACCAUGAAAGCUCCGCAACGCCUGCGAGAAGCGCCGCUGAGCCCGCGGACCAUGUCGUGAUUAGCGGGGGUUUCGCAGCUUUCGCAACAGAAACACGAGUCCGCCCAGGAACGGCAAAAACAUGUCGGCCUCGGUGGGGCCCCGCGGCGGCCCUCACCCACCCACUGCGCCGCCGUCGAUGCCCGAGCUGCCGGACCUCAGCCACCUCACAGAAGAGGAGAGGAACAUAAUCAUGGCUGUGAUGGUUCGGCAACGGGAGGAGGAGGCCAAGGAGCAGGCCAUGCUCAAAGAGGAGAAGCCCAUACAAGCAAAAACAGUGAAUCUGGUUGGGAACAAAAAGCCCCCACAGCAGAAUGACAUCAGUAUGCACCAGCAGUUAUCCAGCUAUAAGGAGCAGGUGCGGCGGAUAGCGCAGGAACCUCAGCAGCGACAGCAGGGCCAGCACAAGGAUGAUGCACCCACCUGUGGCAUUUGUCACAAGACCAAGUUUGCUGAUGGCUGUGGAAACAUUUGUUCCUACUGCCAAACCAAGUUCUGUGCCCGCUGUGGGGGAAGGGUCUCCCUGCGCUCCAACAAUGUAAUGUGGGUUUGUAACCAGUGCCGUAAGCAGCAGGAUAUUCUCACUAAUUCAGGGGAAUGGUUCACGGAUCAAGGUCAAAAGCCAAAGCAAGGGGCCCUCGGGGCAGCCGUGAGCGAGCCAGCCAUGUGUGGAGACUCAACCGAAGAGAAGAAUUUGCGCUCCAGGUCUCAGAUCCCGACUGGUUUCUCUGCAUUCACUGCCCAGAAUAGCCAGCAAAACUCCAGCAAAGGUCCUGCUGCUGGACAGGCUGAUUUGCCUUCAUCCCGCUCCCGUAGUGAACCACCACAAGACAGGAAAAAACAAUCAUCAACCUCAGAUCAAAAUGGCCAAUCUGGCCCAAAGGCUGAAAGGCGUCGAGGGCUGUCCAAACUCCAAUCGCAACCUUCAGAAGAGUGGGAGUCUGGAGACACUCAGAGAGAGAACCGGCAUCUGGUCAAGACUCGAUCGCAGGAUCGUAGCAAUGCUGAGCUGAGAGGGAGCGUUAAGGAGCUGAGAAGGACAGAGAGUGAGCUGAGGCCACCUCAGGAGGAACAGCGAGUUGAUGCUAAUGCGCCACGACAUUUAGCGAAGGCUCAGUCAGUAGACCAGGGAAAACAUGUGCAUCCAAAAGCAACACAGUCAAAGCAGGCUGAAACGGGCAUGCCUGAGAGGGAGGCUGGCGGGGCAAGCGUGAAAUGUAGAACAAACCGAGGAUGGACAGAAAAGCGCCAAUCAUCUCUGGAAAGUCCACAGCAAGGUUACACAGGGGAGAGGACCGUGGGGGGCACGGCAGGAUCUGCAGCGCAGGCUUCUAAGUCUAAUAACCCCCCUCAACCGCCUGCCCCAGGGUUUCGUGUGGGUUCUACUUUGCCCGCCGGUACCUCUGAACUCAGGGAGCCUCCUGACCGGAACAGGAAGUUUCAGCCCAGCAACCUGGAGCCGGGCUCGGCCGCCGUAGGACGAAAGACAAAACGGGAUAAAAAUGAAAGCAUGCUUCGGAAUGACUCGCUCAGCUCAGACCAAUCCGAGUCCCUUCGGCCUCCUCCACCCCGCCCCUACAAGUCAAAGCGUGGCGGCAACAAACGGCAAAUGUCGGUCAGCAGCUCUGAGGAAGAGGCUGGAUCCACUCCCGAGUACACAAGCUGUGAGGACGGCGAGAUUGAGAGUGUCAGCGAGAGAGGAGACUUGGAGUGCUACCCUCUCGAUCCCACAGCAUGGCAUCAUCCGGUUACAUGGCAACCCUCCAAGGAAGGUGAUCAUUUAAUCGGUCGAAUCACUCUGAGCAAGCGCACAGCCAUGUCCAAAGAGGCUGGAGCAAUGCUGGGGUUAAAGGUUGUAGGUGGGAAAAUCACAGAAACAGGGAGACUAGGGGCCUUCAUCAACAAAGUUAAAAAGGGAAGCCUGGCAGACAUUGUGGGCCAUUUACGACCAGGAGACGAGGUGCUACAGUGGAAUAAUAAAUCAUUACCUGGAUUAACCACAAAAGAAGUUUACAAUAUUAUUUUGGAUUCCCAAUCAGAAUCACAGGUUGAAUUAAUUGUUUCAAGGCCCAUUGGUGACAUACCCAGAAUACCAGAAACCUCACACCCUCCAUUAGAAUCUACAGGCUCAAGUUCCUUCGAGUCACAAAAAAUGGAGCGACCAUCUAUAUCUGUCCUGUCCCCAUCCAGCCCCAGCGGCCUGAGAGACGCUCCCCAGCUCCUACCUGGACAGCUCUCGGUGAAAAUGUGGUAUGAUAAGGUGGGCCAUCAGUUAAUAGUAAACGUCCUGCAGGCUAAAGACCUGCCCACCAGACCGGAUGGACGACCCAGAAACCCUUACGUCAAAAUGUACUUCCUUCCAGAUAGAAGUGAUAAAAGCAAGCGGAGAACAAAGACGGUCAAAAAGAGUUUAGAGCCCAAGUGGAACCAGACCUUUGUGUACUCACAUGUACACCGGCGAGACUUCCGAGAGCACAUGCUGGAGAUCACAGUCUGGGACCAGCCAAAAGUUCAGGAUGAAGCCAGCAUUUUUCUAGGAGAGAUCCUGAUCGAGCUGGAGACAGCUCUGCUGGACGAUAAGCCCCACUGGUACAAGCUGCAGGUUCACGAUCUGUCCUCCAUUCCACUACCCCACCCCUCGCCAUACUUGCCACGUAGAAAUACCCACAAUGACACACCCACCAAGAAGCUGCAGCGCUCUCAGCGUAUCACAGAAUCAGAUUAUGAUGAUGGUAUUGGCGUAGUGGCUGCAGCAGCAGAGAGCCGGCCGAGAGAAAAAGAGCGUGAGAGGGGUAGAGAGAGAGAGCGAGAGAGGGAGAGAGAACGGACUUCACUGGAGGUUCCUGAGCAGCAGAGGUCGACACAUCAUCGCUCUCGAUCAGCAUCACCUCACAGAGAGGAGGAGAGCAUGGCCAGGUCACGGCCUCCCAACAUCCCCAUGCAGAGGAGUUUGGAUGAGGCGCAGCACAGUCGCAGGUCUCGUUCCCCCAACCGCUUCUACGAACGGGGUCAUGUCCAGGAGAGAGAAUAUGUAGAUGACAGUGAGGCCACCUUGACACACAGAUCAGUGUGGGGUAGGAGCGCAGAGUGCCUGCACUUCCAAAGUGAUCUGCAACCCCCACUUGACAGGGUUAGAAGUGCUAGUACCAACUGUCUGAGACCAGGUUCAAAUUCCAAUUCACCUGACCGAGAAAGGAGCACGAGGUCUCUCCCCCGCAUCAGACCCACCAGCCCCAGGAUCCUAAUCCAACACGCCUCCCCUGAGGAUGACAGCUGGAUUUCGGAGCCUAUUUAUCCCACUCAGGACUCAGUAAACCACCUCAGUGCAAGACCUGGGGUACAGAGGCAGGCAAGAAUUCUGGACAAGCCUAGCUGUCAGAGACCUGGCAGGAAAAUAUCUGACAGUGAGUGGGUGCAUCCUCAUGCCAGCUCUGCAUACUCUUCAUCGGCAGGGAGUUCCUCAUCCGCACGUAGGGGGCGACAGUUGCCCCAAGUUCCCGCCAAAAGCAGCAGCGUAGAACAAGCCCUCGCCUCAGAGGAGAAAACACGGCAGAUGAAGGUGCACACCUACAGGGCACCAGCUCCAUCCAGUGCCAGCCAGGAAUCAGACAGGGCACUAAAACACAAACGAGAGCUUUAUAAAGAGCAGCGGCAGAGCUCUGAUAACGUAUCUCAUAAGUCCUCGGACAGCGAUGUCAGCGACGUGUCAGCCAUCUCUCGCGCCAGCAGUGCCUCACGGAUCAGUAGCACCAGCUACAUGUCCAUCCAAUCAGAGCAGCCCAGGGGUCGUUUUAGCCGUCAUGUUCGCCCGUCCAGCCAGAGCAUGCUGAAAAGCACGAGCGUGAGCGGUGAGAUCUUCUCUCUGGAACGCACAGACGGCAGUCAGUCAGACACAGCUCUGGGGACACUGGGAACGGGAGGGAAGAAGAGGCGUUCCAGUCUCAGUGCUCGUGUGGUGGCAAUUGUCGGUAUUCCCUCACGACGUAGCAGGAGCACCUCUCAGCUCAGCCAAACAGAAGCAGCAAAUAAGAAGACAAAAGGCUCAAGUCAGAUCCAGAGGAGUCAGGAGACAGGCAUGGCAGUGGAGUACCCACGCAAUGCCAUGGCUCGCCAGGCUAGUCGAGAGUCCACUGACGGAAGCAUGAACAGCUACAGCUCUGAGGGAAAUCUGAUCUUCUCAGGGAUGAGGCUGGGGGCUGAUAGUCAGUUCAGUGAUUUCCUGGAUGGCCUUGGUCCUGCCCAGCUAGUGGGAAGGCAGACACUAGCAACGCCCUCUAUGGGAGAUGUUCAGAUUGGGUUAAUGGACAAGAAAGGGCAGCUGGAGGUGGAGGUGAUCAGAGCACGUGGCCUUACUCCCAAACCAGGAUCCAAAUCGCUGCCAGCUCCAUAUGUCAAGGUCUAUUUGCUGGAAAAUGGAGCAUGCAAAGCCAAAAAGAAAACCAAGAUUGCACGAAAAACUCUUGAUCCACUGUAUCAGCAAUCGCUGCUGUUUGAGGAGAGUCCGCAGGGUAAAGUUCUACAGAUAAUAGUGUGGGGCGACUAUGGGCGCAUGGACCACAAAUGCUUCAUGGGAGUUGCACAGAUCCUUCUGGAGGAGUUGGACCUUUCUAGCACAGUGAUUGGCUGGUAUAAACUGUUUCCUCCAUCCUCUUUGGUGGACCCAACGUUAGCUCCUCUCACUCGACGUGCUUCCCAGUCAUCACUCGAUUCAGGGCCACCAGGCGUCAGGUCUUAGUGAACAGGAAAGUAAACGUGGGACUAAACGCGACUCAAAGGGGUGAAUACCUGUGGCAAAAACCAGCACCAGAGAGGCAGCCAGGUGGAUGGGCGGAAUCCUGAUCAAAGCUUUGCUGGAGC